GUUGUGUCUCCAUUAGCAUACUUAGGCCGACCGCAGAUACUCUCAGAGUAAGAAGCGCAUUGCCUUGGUGUCGAGAUCGCUAGCCCGUCCGCAUCACUAUGACGACGCUCGAUAUCGGCCAACAGUGCUCGUCUUGCACGUUGAUCGACUUCCUCCCUUUCACUUGCCCGACCUGUUCAUUGGUUUUCUGCAAAUCGCAUAUUCAGACGCAUCCAUGUCAUGCUGUCGCGGGACCAUCGAGAAACCCACCCAAGACCUUUCAAGUGAUUGGUCCUGGCCGAUGUGAGCGGGAUGGAUGUGAUAAGCCGACUAUCGAAGCUAUUGGAGGAGUUGGCUCCGAGCACGCUGCAGGUGAAGGUAUAGCUAGACAAGUCAGAUGUAAUGCUUGUGGUGGUGCAUUCUGUACGGCACACCGACAGCAAAAAGCACAUUCAUGUUCGGGGCCGAAAGACUAUACAGUGCGUGAAGACGCGGCUGCGAUCCGGAAAUCCAGAGCGCAAGAAGUUCUCGAGAAGACCUUUCCGGGGCAAGCUGGCAAGACGAUACCGAAGGUAGGACCCAAAGUAGACGAUACAAGGAUCAAGCCAUCUUCACCACCUCGUUUACCUCCGAGUCUUCCGCCCGCUGCCUCGGCACCGUCACCUUCGGAACCUACAGCUGAGUCUGAUCCCGGAGCCUCGUCUGGAUCAGUCAGAGUCAAGACUCGCGCCGAGAAGAUCUACGAGAUACACAUUCGAAAAAUCAAGAGUCUGGCCAAACCUCUUGACAGCCGGCAGAGAGCCUCGGAUGAAAGGAGAUUCUUUGAGUGGUGUGUCGAUCUAUCUGGCAAGGGACUAUCAGGUUGGAAGGCGACGGGCAAGUAUGAUGGCAAAGCAGAGAGAUCAUGGGCCAACUGUGAUAUACCGCUCGGUAAAGUCAUAGAUUUGCUCAUCACUCAAACGAGAACCCCUCGAGGAAUCACCUCUGACCCUUCCAAUACUCUCGGCCUUCUGUGCCUUUCAGCGCUCCCUGAUCAGCCACGUGCGAUCAUCCGAAGCGAUCUCGCUAGUCCGGUCUCCUCAAUUCCAGAUGGUUGCCUUGUAGUCCUCGUUCGAGGUUUUCCGGAAAGGGACCAUGAUGCAUGACGAGUUUCUCGAUCCCAUCCCGCGCCUGUCUCCCUCCCUCUCUCUCUCUCUCUCUCUCGCUCUCGCUCAUCAGAGAUCUGUCAUUCUUCCUUAGCCCUUUCAAAUGACAAUGCAGUGUAGUGGUGAUAUGCGAUGAUGAUACAGUGUGU